AUGACUGAUACUGAGAAUAAUUAAUAAUAUGAUAAUUAUGAGGAUAAUAAUAAUGAUUAGUAAGAUGGAUAUUAUGAUUAAAAUAACGAAGGCUAUGAAAAUUAAUCAGGUAACUAUGAUGAUAUGAAUUUUGAUGAUUUAGAAAAAGAAAGGCAAAGACUAGAAAACGAAUUAGGAAUCACUUAAAAAAUUACUUAAUCUGAAAGGCUAAUUUAAAAGAAAAAUUGGGAGCAUGUAGAUGAGCUUGGAGGAUUGGAAAUAGAUAAUAAUUUAGUUUGUGAUUUAGAAGAUCAUGAUAGAGAAAAGAUAUUAUUUGUUUGUAAAAGUCCUUAUUGCGAUGCUCCUCGUCGUUUAUGUUGCGGUUAUUGUAAUCCUUUACAUGCUACACAUCUUAAACAUCUCAACAAAUUAUAAAAUUUUCGUGAUACAAGUUUAAAUUCUAGAGUUAAAUUAUAAAAUACUUUAGCUGAUUUCACUUAAUUUGAAAGAAAAUAGCUUAUUGAAGGUAGCUUACUAUAACUUAUCAAGAAAAGACAAAAAGAAAUGCUUGAUUAAUUCAUUAAAUUUUAGAAUAACCAGUAUAACUCUUUGCUCAAAUUACUAGAUGGUGCCACAGAAAAUUAUUUGUUUGAAGAGAUGAGUCUUCUAAAAAGUAUAGGAGGGUUUCAUUAGAAGGUAGAUGAUAUAUUUGGUAAGGAAUGGUAAGAACUUAAAUCAGAUGAUGUGAUGUCUCUAAUUCGUUUACACGAACAUUUAAAUGAGUUUGUUGAUCCAAUUAACAAAUUAGAUGAGAAUAGAGCUAGGUUAGCCAAGGAUUUAACUGACACAAUUGAUAGUUUUUUUAACCAUAACGAAGUUCUUGUUUCUACUCUUGAAUAACAAUCAGAAAAUCGUAUGCAAGAAAUUUUAGAUAAAGUGUAUAAGGAAAAUUUGGAAAACAAGCCAGUAGCUUAUCAACUUAGUGAACGCCAUAAAGAUAUAAUUGAGAGUUCUGCAAUAUUUUAGAGAGGCUACAAUACAGAAGGAUCAACUAACGGAUCCCCUACGAAAAAGAAUUAGUCUAAAGAGUUUCACUCAGUAUUGCUUAAAGAUGAUCAUGCUCCUAAAGCAGGGUGGAAAGAAAUACAAAAGCUCCCUCUUUGGGCAAAGUACUUAAGAAAUGUUGAGCUUUGUAGUAAGAAAUAUGGAUAAUUCAAGAAGCAAAAAGAUUUGCCUAAUACAAUGGACUUCACAACUCUUGGUCCACUUGAAGAUAACAAAGGAGAUAUCUACAUAGGAUAAUGGCGUCAAGGAUUACGCUGGGGUCAGGGUACAAUGAUUUGGAAAAAUGGCACGUAUUAUGAAGGAACAUGGUAGAAGUCAAAGAUGGAAGGAUAUGGAAGAAAAGUGUUUAAAAAUGGAAAUAUGUAUGAAGGUGAAUUUAAAGAUGAUAAAAUGAAUGGUAAAGGUGUCUUUUAUCAUGUAGGAGGCUCUAAAUAUGAAGGUGAAUGGAAAGAUGAUUUACCUCAUGGAAGAGGAGUAGAAGUAAUGAUAAAUAAUGAUGUUUUUGAAGGAGAAUUCAAAAAAGGAUUAAAAGAAGGAAGAGGUAGAUUAAAAGGAGCAGAUGGCUCGUUAAUUACUGGUAUUUGGCAAGAGGGUAAACUACAGGGAAAAGGUGAGUAGCUUUAUGCAGAUGGAAGACUUUAUCAAGGUGAUUUUAAGGAUGAUAAAAAGGAAGGAGAAGGUGUCUUAACAUGGAAUGAUGGCAGAAAAUAUGAAGGCCCUUGGGUUAAGGGAAGAUAACACGGUAUUGGUAUUUUUAUAAAUCCAGAUGGUACUAAACUUAAAGGAGAAUGGAUUAAUGGUAAUCGUAUUAGAUGGAUAACACCUAGUAGUGUAGGAGGUAGCUAAAAUAACUUAAAAUGA